AUGAAUCUGCUAGCCACCUUUGCAACAGGCUAUGAAAGAAACAUUAUUUCCAACACAAGCACCACUCUGGAUUCCAAAAUCUGUAACAACAGUGUACAUUGUAUCAUGGGCUCAUUAGUUAUUGAGGAACUCGAUUUAAAUCUGUGCAUCGCCAGGGGCAGAGAGCAGACGACAUGGAUAGAAAGCCACAGCCGAGUGCAGCCAGAGCUGAACAGCAGCUCUCCGGGACCGAUUCCUUCCGACAACAAUCACAUUCUUUUACAAACUUAUGGAUUUGGGUUGUCACUGUUUAUAAAUGAAUUUGCUGUUGCUCAACUCCAGAAGUUUCAGCAGAAGGCUGUGAAGCCAACUAAGCAGAAGAAAUCCACGUCGGCUGAAUUUCUGAUGGUUAAAGAACACACAGACGCGAAAGAAGGUGCCGGGAAUCCAGGUUUUAACAUGAGCAGCCCAGAACUCUCAGCCCAUCGGACUCCCAAAGAGAAAGUUAUUAGACAUGACAUGCUGGAUCACACCCUUGCAGCUCAUCAACAAAAAUCCAGGCUGCCAGUCUCAGCAGGACCCAAAGGAAAUGAAUACGGCAGAAAUUACUUUGACCCACUGAUGGAGGAGGAAAUAAACUCAAGGCAGUGCCGGAUGGAGGUCAGCAGACAGGAUGGAAGGAUGAAGGAGGAGACACUGGAUCCGGAAUCCCUCAGCUACACCAGUAAGAGCCAGGAUACUCACCAAGAGGCUGAGGGAGCAUCCUCUGUAUACACUGAAGAGUCUGAGAGGCAAGCUCAGAAAGGCAUCAUUCUGCUUGCGGAUUCUCCAUCAGGACAGGACUCAAAAUUUGAAAGAAAAGGACUCAGCCAGAAUAUUCCCAUGUCAUGUUUGAAGAAGGGAGAACCAUUUGAAAAGGCUCCAAGUCAGCUGUGCACUGCAGAUGGGAAUCCUUACACAAAGGGCAGUCUCAUGGAGCAGUGCUCAUUUCCAGAAGCAACUAAAGAAUCCCAAAGAGCAGAAGGUGCUUGCUACAAGGGUAAGCAGUCUCGGGUGCCUUGCCUACAAAUACAGAUCAGAUGUAUCAGGGGCCUCAAGGACAAGGUUCCCCAAGGCUCCUACCUUCUCAGAGUGUCUCUGCUCAAUCAGCUGGGGAGCCCUGUCUCACAAUGGUGUCAGACUGAGCAGCUGAAGACGAGAACACGUCCAGUUCAUCAUGGUGGCAACUUUUAUGAUGUGGGGCUGUAUUUCCAUGAAAGCCUUUCCAUGGUACUUCCUCAAAGGAAAUCUGUGAGACCUGGCUUGUCCUUUUUGUUCGAACUCUGCCUUCUCCAUGGAACAUGUGCCUACAGUGACCUGGUCGUGGGAUGGGCAGUGUUUCCCAUGUGUAAUAACAACUUCCAUAUAGUGGAGGGGAAAUUCAAGUGUCCCCUUCUCCGAGGAAAUUAUGACCAGAAACUGGACAGCUUCAGAAAAAUUGAAGAUUGGAUUUGCCAAGAUUUGGACCAGUGGCUGUGCAAUCUGUAUUUUAAGGUAAUUAAAACUCCUUUGCAUUUGGAUGAUCAAAAAAGCCAUGAGAGCCACAGGCAGCUUUCUCCAGAACGUCCUGUGUGCUUAAUGGCAGAAGCAGAGAACACAGAAUUUGAUUUGGAUAACACAGCUGGCCCUUCAAAGAAAGAAGCCCCGAGAAACAUUGAUGCUGCGGUGGACAGCACCAUCCACUCUGCUCAGGGGAGCAUUUCUUAUAAAACUGAUCCUUGCCCUAGGGACUGUGAUCUCAACACCUUCAAAGAAGUCCAUGACUUACAUGCUAAGAUUAAUUCUAUCAAGGGUGAUCAUUCUGUAAAGGAAAGAUCUACUGUGUGGAGACCUGGAGAUCCUGAAGAUUAUUCAGGGGAUACAUCUUACCUAGAGGAAUUGGAGAAACAUCGACUUUCAGUUUGCUGCUCCUCCGCUGCAGAUGGCUGUGGAGCCGGAGAGUUACCCAAGCACCUCCACUUUGCAUCCGUGUCCUUGUCUGCAGAACUUGAACUAGCCCAAUGGCAGAGCCAGGGCUUCUGGUACCUCCUUCUGCUGACGGCUUCUCUCUGGUUCCUGAGGCUCUACCUACAUUACCUGGGCCAGUGGCUUUUCCUAUGGGCCCUUUCAACUCCAGUUACAAAAUUCCAGUUUUAUUCCUACACUGUUGAGCUCUGCUACCCGACUUCUUCACUUACCAUUGGAGAAGAGCUGGCUGUGAUUGCGUUGGGGCCUUUGGCUCUGAACACAAUAACAUUCCCCUUGCUUCUGAUCAGAUGGGGCUGUCAGCUCCUGUUUUCCUACCGCCCAGAUGCCUUGUCAAAGCUAAUCAUCACGAUGGGACUAUGGACAGUUCUAGACCCAUUGGCGGUGUUUAUAGUGGAUACUUUCCUGGGGCGCCUUGCACAUAAUGGGGACACUGCCAUCGCAGAUGCAGCUAAACUCUACUGGAUGUUUGUGAGAACCCAGCACCCAGCCAUCCUCGGUGUCAUGAUCACGGUGGCACUUUAUACUCUGCUAUUUGUCAUCUCUGCCUUGAUUUUGUACUUGUAUUGCCUCAGGUUGUACAAUGACUCUUGGAUACUAGAUGCAUUUCAGAGAAUCUACAGUGAUGAAGCCAAGUUCUUCAUACCGUAUGAUUUGGAAAUUUCCAAUCAGGAGCUGAGUUACAUCGUAAAAAGGUCCGAGCAGUGGAGAGGGAUCAAUGGUGAGAGAAGGAAGGUGGCAGUGCAUGAUUACUUGUGCAAAAGCAAUAACACCAAGUCCAGUGUCUCCAGCUGUGACCCCCACCAUCAGGAUGAAAUAUCUGCAUCCUCAGUUGGUCCAGGAGGGGUUACUUCCCACAUAUCUGUAUACACUGUUUAUCCCAGUGGGUUUCAAGAAUUGUAUCGCCAUUUUCUCAGGCUCCCAGAUGGCGCCAUCAUUGAGGUGUUUGGUGACAUCAGCACCUUAAAGGUUGUUCCCAGCAAAGUGAUCACAGCUAUUGAGGAGCAAAUAAGGGAAAUGGACACUGUGCAGAGAGAAACCUUUGCUACGAACCAAAAGAAGCAAGAUGGCUCCAUAAAAAUAAAAGGAGAUCAUUGGUCCAGCUGGAAGGAUGAGUAUCAUUAAGGACCAUAGUUUCUGUCUCCUGAAAGGCACCCAGCAAACACGAUUUCUUAAUCUACAGCGUCUCCUAAUGCAUUAUUGCAAGGCGUGGUUUUUGUUAUUUUUAAAUGGUAGCCUGUAGCAUGUUUUGUUUCUGUUGUUUCUUUAUAUUUGCUUUCCUUGCCUUUACAUGAAUGUUACCGAAUAUUCAGGAUUAGAUACUAGGUUCAGCAUUUGUGAUUGUCUAAAGCUUUGUUGGUGCAGUGUUUAUAUAGGUGUGUGGUAGGUAAAGAUUCAUGCAAAUGCUUCUCUUGAGUUCUUUCUUCUUGUUAAAAAAAAAAACCUUUUUGAUGCUCAUGUGCAGAGUGUUAUUCAAUACAGGCAUAAAGUAAGAAUCUGAUACUACCUACAUCAGUUCUAAGUACUGUAUUUACAUGGGUUUUAAAGGAAUCUAUUUAAUUUUUACUUUCCAGGGAUGUUGAUGUUUGGUCAGGUUCUCAAGGAAAACAGGGUGGGGGUAAAGGAUAGAAGCACUGUCUCCAAAUGCCUCUGUCUUUUGUGGUCCUUUAUCCUUAAUAUUCUGUGGCUAUAGAGAGAAGAGAGUUGUGUUUGCAGAUGUGCUGCGGAGCAGAGCUCUGAUGUGGCAGGCACAGUGCCCUUAGGAAAGAGUACAUAUUUAUAUACAGUUCAAAGGACUAUUUCAAAAUUAAAGAUGGGUUUCUAGGGGACUAUAGAUCUGUAGAUUGAGUUGUCAGGUUUUUUCCUUUAGCCUACUGAGGAUAAUUUAUGAUGCUAAUAAUUAAUUUUUCAAGACUGUAUUAGUAAAAUAGUAUCUAUAAGUUAUGCGUGCAUUUUCUGUGAUUUCAUUAGAAUCUCUCUUUCUUAGAGCAACAUACUAAUUGACAUGUUAUUUAGUUUGAUCUUUUUGUCACACUCCUAAUUGCAAAAUAAUUAGAAACUGUAAAUAUGAAAAUUCUUUUAUUGGCACACUUUUACUAGCCCCCAAAUGCUCUUACCGUUUGAGCAGAUUAUUUGGAACCUCAUUCUGAAAAGGAAUAACAAUAUAAAUCAGAAGGAGUUAAAAAUGUUCAUGCUUGCUGUAAAUUUAAAAGUGAAAACUAUUAUAUGCUCUUUAUGUUAAGUUCAGUAACAACAGAUAGAUUACACAAAGUGUCUAUUAAGGAAGAAGAUGAAAAAAUGAGUGAUUUUCUUCUUUCAGCUAAACACGGUGCUGAGUGGUACACACAGCAUUAAAAUCAAAUCACUUCCCACUUCAAUGAUCACAGCAUGAGUACUUGCUAUUGGAAGCUGUGUUUCCGUUCUUCUUUGGUCCUCAGUUUUAUUAAAUCAAUCAACUGAUCAUGCUUGGAUAACAAGAAGGGAUGGCUUUGACACCUUUACAGCAUUUCUGUUUCAUGAGUGUCUGUUCAAGAUGUUUUCCAAAUAUCAUUUCCUAUAUGCUUAAGUCACUAAGAGUUCUCCCACUGGGACAUGCUCUGUUGCAGACACUUCUGUGAAGAAUGCCCUGUUCUAUGAUGUCACUUCCAGUUGGUCAGAUUACUGAACUUUAGAUAGUUCUGGAGAUAGGAAAAGUUCCCAUGGGAGCUUUUACAAACUUCUUCCAAUGGCCUAAAAUGGCAUUGCCCGUGGCCUUGUGAGAACUGCUGAUGCCACAAUGAAGAUCUGUGGCAAUGGGGAGGCCCUAACUCAGUAGCCACUGACUAAGUGACAUGAAGCAGGCUUGUUUUUUGUUUGUUUAAUCUAAAUUCUUUACAUAUGAUACAGUAUAAUUCACACAGAUUUCCCUUUCUGUGAUGAACAUGGAGUUGACAUGGGUGAGGGCAGGUACACACAGUGUUUAAGAAGGUAACAUUGGCUACUGACAAACAGUGAACAAAAUACUUU